UUAUUGUCCCGGUCACACUGAUUUCUAGCCGGCACAUUGAUUUGAUAAACUCUUCAAUAUGGAGUCGAGUUUUAAGGAGCUGUAUAAAAAGGGCCUGGAUACGGGUGAGCAGCAGAAGCAGCGCCAAAAGGAGCUGCUAAAGCAGCAGAAACUCCGCCGACAGCAGGAACAGGAUGACUACCGUCCGCUGCAAAAGCAGGAGAAUACGGUGCCAAGGAAGAAAAGCGGGAAACGUUCUGGUCACCAAAAAGGCAUCCCGUACAGACCACAACUCUCGGAGUGGCUGCGCCAUAAGCCCGAUGAUCUCAGCGAGUGGCAGCUGGUACCUUGUCCAGUGGGCAAAAGGUGCCUCGUGGUGGCAAACAAGGGGCUCACCAAAGUGUACUCCAAAGGGGGCUGGAUGUUCGCGAGUUUCCGAUCCUCGCUGCCCGGCGACUGGCAGCUCCAAAAGGGUGAAACAAUACUAGACUGCGUGUACGUUGAGGACGCUGACACCUUCUAUGUGCUGGAUGGCAUAUCAUUUGGCCUACAAGAAAUGCAGGAGUGCGAGGCGUCCUUUCGUUUUUAUUGGCUGCGCGCACGAUUCGAGGAGCAUGAUUAUGCCAAGAUUAGCGAUCACAACGAAAAGAAAUUUAAGCUCCUGGAUCACUUCGACUUCGAGGACACCUCUGCUGUGGAGCAGGCUCUGCAUAAGUAUCCCAUUUUCCCGGAGAACAAGCCAGUCCUAGAUGGCUUCCUAUUUUACCAUAAAGAGGCUAGUUAUGUGUGUCGGGAAACUCCCUUAGUAUGCUGGCUGUUUCCAUUUAUGAUGGAGGAUGUCCUGGGCUUGCCCGUUAGUAAGAGUUAUACGGCCCCGGAGGACUACCAACCCAGCCAUGUUUUGCAAUACAUGGAUACGUUUGACCGAAAGCUGGCAGAGCACAGAAGGACUCUUAAGGAGCAGAAAAAGAUUGUGAACGCGCAGAAGGAGACUCCACACACCAUGGAGGCGGAAGAGGAUGUCGAGAGCGAUGAGUACGACAGCUUAAAGCGAGUACUGGAUCAACAGCGGCGUCUGGAGCUAGGUGAACUCGACAUGGACUGUGCGGAGCCGCCAUCAGCUGAUAGCUGCUAGGCCGAAUGGGCAGCGGU